UUAUGAGUAAUGUCCUUUCUACAGUCUUAUUCAAUCAUUUGUGGUUAUAAAAUAUUAGAGCAAAAUGUAAGGUAACAAACAAACAAUGAGUAUGAACCUUUUUUUUUUUUUACAUAAUUUCAAUACCAUAAUUGCAUACAUAAUUUUUUAAUCAAUCAACUCAAUUAAAUUGCAGGUAAAUUAUGCACUUUAACAACUGAAAUUUGUUAUAUUCCUGGAUUAUGAUCUAUGAUACUCAAAAGUGUGGGUUUUUUUGUAUCAUUUAACAUUACUUACAUUCUUAAUGUCUACAAAUAAAAUUGUAUCAAACUGAUUCAAAUGUGCUGUUACUGUUAUGUGUAUUAAGUUUUUUUUAUAGAAUCAUAUUCUAGCUCUUGACCCUAAAAGUUGCAAAGGAAAAUAUGUGCUACAGAAACUCCCCCAUUUGUGCGCAGUUAAUAUGCGAGUUUUAAUCUCGAAUCAGGAAGUGAAGCAAUUAGACAUUCAAACAGACAGAAUACAGACCACUGGAGCCUUGGAUUAGUGAUACUUUUUUUUUUUUUUUUUUUUUGCUUUUCUCAGCUUCUUGCGCUUUCUCAUUGUCAUUUUCUUACUUCCUGCUUCUUUAUGCAAGCACACGUACAGGCACUUAGAGGAGGCAGCAUCAGAAGUAGCACAUGCUGAAUAACAUACUGACUUGAAAACUACCAGCAUAAAGAUGGAGUUUGCCUGCACUCAUGUUGUCUGCAACUGGAGGCCUGAAACUCUAACAGAAGGUCUUUCCUCCAUGUUGCCCUCUGGAUUAUCCAGAAAAAAAUCGGAACAUCCUUAUGAUAACCGCAUUGCUGUCAUUCCAAAACCUGUUUCACCUUUAACACCGCCGCCUGUACCUCCUCGUCGCACAACACUGAAACACACACGACCCAUUUCAAUGCCACCCCCAUUACCGCCUCGAGGAAUGGAAGGUAAAGGACAGGCCAGUAUUAAAGCCAAUGUCAAUGUGGUGGUACUCAAGGUAGGGAGUCUUGUGGACAUAAACAAAGCAUCCAGUAUACAAAGCAUUCAGAAGCCUGUGCACUGUGGGAAAUGUAAAGCCAUCAUGUCUUCUGUGAGCAACUCCCAAACCAGCUUGAAUUCAUCAACAUGGUCCUGUGAGUUUUGUGGAAAUCAGAAUGUCCUCACUCAGAGUGAGUUAAAAAUGGGCCGUUCUCCACUGUGGACUCCACCAGGCAGAGACGUGCUCUAUGUAGAUGAAGAGAUAGACACGGACUAUGUGAACCUAGAGGACAUGCUGGUGGUCUUCUGUGUGGACAUUUCUGGUAGCAUGAGUGUCACAUCUGAGGUGUCUCCUGGUAACAGCAUGAGAUCACCAACAUAUGUAUCACGGUUGCAGGGUGUCCAAGAGGCCCUGCAGUUGGCACUGUCCUCGUUGCUAAAAUCAUCACCUCACCGCCGAGUAGCAUUGGUCACUUUUAAUGAUGAGGUGACAGUAUAUGGCGACGGUACAGGAGUUCCCCUGUGUCUGCGGGACUGGGCUCUGGUAGACUAUGAUCAUGUGCGGGAGCAGGGAGAGAAGUACACCACACCACACUGCAUUGCUGAGACAUACCAGUGUCUCACACAAAGAGUCAAAGAAUUAAGAGAGCACGGAGCCACUGCGUUAGGUCCUGCAGCACUCAUCUCUAUUGCUAUGGCCUCUCAGUUUGUAGGUUCGAAGGUCAUAAUUUGUACAGAUGGACUGGCCAACAUAGGCCUGGGCCAGUUAGAACAGGAAUGUGCAUCUUCAGUAUAUUUCUACAACCAGUUAGCCAGUCAUGCAGCAGAAAAAGGAGUGAUUGUAUCAGUAAUGACAUUUGAGGGUGAGGACUGCAGCCUGGCAGAGGUGGGAAAACUAGCUGACCACACAGGAGGAAGGAUCAACAGAGUUAACAUUUGUACAGUUGGAUCAGAAAUUCAGAAUGCACUGGCUGACGACAUCUUAGCAACUAAUGUUGAGGCAACCCUGCUUGCACCUAAUGGCGUAUAUUAUCCUUUUGAGACUGACAACCACAGGCUGGUUAGAGAGAUUGGAAAUGUCACAAGUGGGGUGGAGAUCACGUUCCAGUUUGCUGUCAAACCAGAUAAAGUUGAGAGUUUCCAGAGAAGAGACAGAGUUCCCUUCCAGCUACAGCUGUCUUUCAAAACUCGAGAUUUGAAGAAAGUAACUAGAGUUAUUACUCAGCAGAAGCGUGUUACAACCAGCAGCUGGGUGUGGGCAGGGAGCCUGAACAUGGCUGUGCUGGGCGUUCACUGUGCCCAGCUUUGUGCCCGUCUAACCAUGGAGGGCAGAAUCCACGAGGCUCAAUGUCAACUCAAAGCCCAGCAGGACCUCCUCAAAGACAUCAGUGAACAAAAGCCAAGUCCUAAAGAAGAGAGUAUCUAUGGAAACUGGAUCAGUACAAUGAGUAUGAUCUGUGAUGACCUGAACCCGGAUUCACAGGGUUUGUCAGACGAGGCGGCCAAAGUUGUGUAUCAGAUGAAGAGGGCGACAAGCAGGGGUCAGAAGGAGGAAAAUGCAGCUAUGUUAAAAAGUUGAGACAAAGGGGACUUCACCUUUAAACAACAGUGACUAACAGCAGAACAAAAACAGUCUGAAGAGUGUGUAUCGGAAAUUUCAUAUUUUACCUCUUAUGCUGCUGUUCAGUAGGUGGAGAUCUCUGUUAACAGUAACAAAAUGACAGAGGCUACAGGCAAGUGUAUUUAUAGAAUGGUUCUAGUAAAAUUCAUUGUUUCAAUGUACUUUUGAACAAAAAUGUCAAAGUCUCAGUCUGUAAUUGAUAAGAUCGUUUAAAGGUCUAUUUGUUUGUGUUUGCAGAAUUUUUUCGGUUCCAUACAAUGGUGACUUUCUUAUGCAGUAUUUCCUUAAGAACUUUCCAUUGAAAAAAUGUUUAAAUAUAUAAUAUAUUUUAAUAAAUCCUGAUUCUCAAACUGA